AUGGCGACCCCCAAUGGCGACCCGGCUGUGUCGCGGCCAACCUCUGGCAUCAUCUCUCCUCGCGACAUGAGAUCUAGGACACAAAGUUUCUCUAGCGACCGACCUUCCACCAUUGCUCAUAGUCUCAUGUCGCCACCACUCUCUGUCUCACCUUCGGCGGCCUUCAUUGCCGCUUCGGCCGCUUCUCAAAUUAUUACCAACGAUCAUGAUAGCCAUGCCGAUACCUGGUAUGAUCAGCAUGGCAUCGAGCCUGCCAGCGACCCCGCGCUUGUCACGAUAGAGGCUCUCCAACUUGUCAACAACUUUCUGGAUCAAUUGCUUUUCAACUUUCUAUCCAGGUCACACGCCACCACACUUGCCAGCCUACGACCCGCCGUUUCUGAUGUAUUGAAACCGAAACUCGCAAAAGAUGCCGUCAACAAUGCCGACGAAGAACUACGUGAAUACCUGGGCGAAGGCGAUGAGGACGACUUCGUCCCGCCCCAAGGCGAUAAGGCGCGCGAUUGGGACCUGGAAUUGGUUUGGAAGCGCACCCGUCUUCGAUGUAUGGUGUAUUCUUCUCUGGGCGAUAUGGAGGAAGAAGAUGAGGACCUGUACAUGGAACAGGAAAACCUCGAGUUUGGCGCCAAUGAACAGGCCAGCGAAGUUAUCUCACCCGCUGUCGCAAUUUUCCUCACCUCUGUUAUAGAGUAUAUGGGCGAGCUCACCCUUACUGUUGCGGGUCAGGCCGCAUACCACAGAUUGCGGGCGAAAUUCCAGAAGGAGAUCAGUGAAGGAACCCGAAACCCUACCGAUGCCGCUGAUCGCAUUGUUGUGGAAGAGCAAGACAUGGAGAGAGUGGCACUCGACCGGACACUGGGGCGAUUGUGGAGGGGUUGGAAGAAGCGGAUACGGUCGCCUGUUAUUGACCUGAACGGCCGCCCUUUUUCAAGGGCGUCUGACGGACAUCCGAGACAAGACAGUGCGCUCGGUGACUCACCUGCUCUCAGCAGAGUUGCUACCCGUGAUGAUGAAGCCGAAACUCAAACUGAAGUCCCUGAGCCUUCCCAGAUUGCGCUCCCAAUGGGAGACAAGGACGUCGAUGAAAUCGAGGUUCCUGGUCUGGCAUAUUAUAGUGAUGAAAACGACGAAGAGGAGGACGAGGAGCCAGCAGAAGAAGCUAGCAGACGCCGACCAAAGAGCCUGUUAAUUACGCCACUAGGAAUUAUCCAAGGCCUCCCCACGCCCACUCUGUCGCAGCCCAACACCCCUGACUUCACUGGUCGCAAGCGUUCGAACUCACUCCCAACGCCUGGCGCCUCCCCAUACCGUGCUGUUGUGAAACGCUCAAAGGAAGGUGUCUCCAUCGAUACAAGCGUUGAUGAAAAUAAGAAAAACCUGUCUGAAGAUUCGAAGACUGAGCAAAGCAGUGACGGUCAGUUAGAGACUGGCGAGGAGAAGCCAAAGAAUGAGCUUGUCCCAGAGCCUGCGGCAACCAAAACCCAGCGGUUGUCAAAGAUUAUCACAAGUCGUAUCCAGUCACGGCAGGAGAUGGCAGAGGAGGAUCCAACGUACGAGAAGGCGGAGAUCUUGACCUCAGCUCGAGUGUCCGUGGCCGGAAGCUCCUCGCCAGCACUCUCUGACACUGGCGGUCCCUUCCCGCUUAAAAGGUCCUCGAGUGUGCACUCGGCUCGUAUCAUCGACGUCGCGGGUCCUAAGAGCCCCAGUGGAUCUCGGUCACCUUCGGCCGAUGCGGCAGAUCGUAUCCGCCGUGCGAGUCUCACAAUUCAGUCCAGCAGUAGUGUGCCUAACAGCGCCAGUGCAACUGAUUUACAGGCGCAGAAUACCUCCACCGGUCCGACUCGUCCCACUGUUACAGUUCCCAAGAGCCGCUCUCCCGUCGAUGCUAUGAGAGGGUCAAUGUCCAGCGCUGCAGCGGUCACAGGCUCAGACGAAGAGGUUGACCGAAAUCGAAGUCGGGAACAGAGGCCUCAUAAGUAUUUAGCUUACCACCCGUCUACCCCGACUGUCCCUGAGGCUGCUUCACCAACUGAGAGCAAACGACCUCAAGGCAUUAUUGGAGCUCAGUCACCAGUCCUUCAACAAUCAUCUUCUGCUCAGUCAAAUCGACAUGCUUCACGAAAUGAAAAGGUUCCUACAUCUCCCACUCACAGCAUUGGUAUGGUUUCGAUAGAACGAACAAAGACAAGAGAUUCGGAUGAAGAGGGCGGAAGUGCGCAGACCCCACGACCAACUCAUACUUCAGGCUCAUCAGCCUCUUCCGGUAUCAGUCGUCUCAAGGCUGUGAGAACCUCUGAAGAUAACGGUAGCCGUUCUAACGUCGCCCGCAAUUUUGAGGAACUGAUUCAGAGCAACCAAACCAUCACCUACACGUUGACUCCGGAGAAUAUGCGUAAUAUGGAUCACAAUCAACCUCUCGACACCUCGACUUUCAAGGGGCCAAGGAAGAGUGAGGACAGCCGGGCGCACCACCGAUCCAAAUCUUCGUCAGCGACAGCCGACAUCAAACGAUCAUCCCCCAACAACCGGCUUGCCGAUGACAGGUCAAGGCCUUUCCCAGCGCCUAACACAGGAAGACCUCGUAUGUCGGCGGCGCCCAGAGACGCCCGUGUCCCUAGCGAAUCUACCGCAGAUUUUGCAGAAUUUAUCAAAUCUACUGGUCCUGCGGGAGACAGCCGUCCAACGCAACUUCGAAAUGUGAGCAGCCCAAAUACCCCUGGCAAAUCCAGCCUCGAUGGACGCCGAGUUUCGUCGGCAAGCAAUCGAAAUCGCUAUAAACCUCGUGAUGCUGCGUUGGAGUCUCGUAGUGGUAGCUCGGAUCUAAUCGACUUCAUCCGACAGGGACCUCCAGGCGCAAACAGCAACCGAAUUCCUCACAACAUCGCACCAUGGGACACGACCGGCGCUGCAGAACCAUCAGGUGGUAAGGCCGUUGACGCUAGCAUCCCCGAUAUUCGAUACAGUCAAGCAUCGACUCACGGCACCGAAUCGUCAAUGCCAUCCAUUCACUCGUCCAUCAACUCUAACACAGCUCUUCUAAAGAACAAAGGUCCAUCUGCGCCCGCUAACAAGAUGUUUGACGACGAUGACAUGAUGCCCAAACGAAAGACCAGGCGUGUCAAGGAUCCCUACGCCAUCGACUUUAGCGACGAGGAAGACGAGGAUGAUGAGGUCUUGCUCGCAACACCCAAACCUCCCGUUAAGAAAGAAGAGAGUUUGGCAGAGUUUCUUAUGAACUAUGAGCCUCCACCUGAGCCUGUUUCAGUUCCCAUUUCACAGAAGAUGCCAAAGAAGAAGGCCAGUGCACCAAGUCUCAUCGGAAGGUUCACCCGCAAGGAAAGCCAGUCUAGCAACUCCCCUACAUCUCCUCAAGGCAACGACUCCCGAUCUCUCAGCAGCCGCGCUGGCCUUAGGAAUUAUAUUCCUAUCCAGGUCAAUGUCCCGUCAGGCUAUGAUAAAUAUGGACAGCCCACGGGCGAGAACCAGAACCAAUCUCGACCGCCACCUGUCUCUACGGCUUCCUCUGGACGUCGUGUGCCCAUGAAGAAGUUUGAGCCUCGAGAUGCAACCUCCAAUGUUUCCCGUACUUCAGACCUAGCGGCAUUCCUCCGCACAUCCGAGCCACCACCUGAGCCCGUGACUGCUCCCUCUCCUCCCGUCAAGGAAGAGAGUGGCAGUAGCCUGUCAAAGAUGUUUGGCCGCCGAAAAAAGUAA